UUUGGGUUAGAAACAGCAAGUAAUGCGUUUACGUAAUAGAAUAAUCCUUACUGCUGUAACACAGUAUUUCCUUAUAACAUACUACUUAAUGUUUGUUAGUAUCAGUACAGAUUAUUGGACGGAUGACGGUAAAAAUCAUGAAGGAUUAUGGAAAAAAUGCUUAUACAAUACAAAAAUAUCAUCCCUCUACAAUGUAACAUGUUGUUCGUCUAGACCGUUUAAAGGCCAUAUUGGAGCAGAACGUUUCUUUUUUAUUCUUCAACUUAUUUUGGAUACUCUCUGUAUUUUUCCUUGGUUUGUCUGGUUAUUUUUGAAGAAAAAAAAUUAUGAAACAGUAUUUUGGGGAAUUGGUACUAACGUCUUUAAUGGUUACCUGUAUAUGAUAAUUGUGCUUUCUGUAUAUGGUGGUAAAGAGCCAAAUGAUUUGGGUUGGUCAUUUCAUCUAUUACUGAGUGUUUUGUUUCUUCGAAUUCCAUGCUAUUCAGUGUUGUGUAAAGUUUUGUAUGAAGAACAAGACAAUUACAGCGUGUAUUGAACUAUGUUGGAAAGAGUGUGAAAUAAUAUACGAAUUCAAUUUAAAGUAAAAAAGUUGAAAUCCGU